AUGUGUGCAUCUCUACGUGGAACAACAUUUUGUAGGUGCUAUAAUGUAACUUGUUUCAUAUUUCUCCGUCACGUCAGUAAAGCUACCUGUUGGCUUCCUGGCUCUGGUGAGAGAGAGAGAGAGAGAGAGAGGGAGGAGAGAAACUCAGAGUUCCAUUAUUGGGUUCUUUCAUCAUGUAAAUCCAAUCUCCUCAACCUCCCGUAUCGAAGUAUGGAUCUAAAUCAGAAGCGAACCAAAACGGUUGACCGAGUCGAUCCGGUUGAUCCUGCUGCGGUGUCGCCGGAAUCAACUCCGGUGUAUCCGUUUCCUGACGAGGUUCUAGAACCGGUGCUCUCGCUGAUAAACUCUCACAAGGACCGCAGUUCCGUGUCUCUAGUAUGUAAAGACUGGUACAACGCUGAGCGGUGGAGCAGACGUCAUGUGUUUAUCGGAAAUUGCUACUCGGUGUCGCCAGAGAUUGUAGCCGGGAGGUUUCCUCAGAUUCGGAGCGUGACCUUGAAGGGGAAACCGAGGUUUUCGGAUUUCAAUUUAGUACCGGAGGAUUGGGGAGCUGAUGUUCAUCCAUGGUUGAGUGUUCUCGCCAAAGCGUAUCCAUUCCUGGAGGAGCUGAGACUGAAGAGAAUGGCAGUUAGCGACGAGAGUUUGGAGUUUCUGGCGACGAACUUUCCAGAGUUUAAAGCUCUGUCUCUAUUGAGUUGUGAUGGAUUUAGUACUGAUGGGUUGAAAGCUAUUGCUACUCAUUGCAGGAAUUUAACAGAGCUAGACAUACAAGAGAAUGGAAUCGAUGAUCUUGGUGGGGAUUGGUUAAGUUGUUUCCCAGAAACCCUAACCUCAUUAGAAGUACUCAAUUUCGCAAGCUUAAAUAGUGAAGUUGACUAUAAUGCCCUUGAGAAGCUUGUUACUAGGUGUAAAUCAUUAAGGGUUUUGAAGGUUAACCGGAACAUAAGUUUAGAUCAAUUGGAAAGACUUCUAUUACGGGCCCCACAACUAACUGAACUUGGGACGGGAACCUUUAUGCAAGAUCUUGUUACCCGUUCAGUAGCUGAGCUGGAGGGUAGUUUUGGAAAUUGUAAAAAUCUACUUACUAUCUCGGGUUUAUGGGACACUACUUCACUUUUCUUACCAGUGAUCUACCCUGCAUGUGCUAGACUUACGUUUUUGAACUUGAGUUAUGCAACUUUAAGGAGUGUGGAAUUAGCAGAUCUUCUUACUCAUUGUAAAAGUCUAAAGCGCCUUUGGGUUCUUGAUACUGUGGGGGAUAGCGGUUUAGAAGCAGUUGGAUCAUGUUGCCCGUUACUCGAAGAACUAAGAGUCUUCCCAGCUGACCCCUUUGACCAAGAAGUCGCCGGGGUGACCGAAUCCGGUUUCGUCUCGGUUUCCCGUGGCUGCCCGAAACUCCAUUACGUCCUCUAUUUCUGCCACCAAAUGACAAACGCCGCUGUCGCCACCAUUGCCCGAAACUGCCCGGGCUUCACCCACUUCCGCCUUUGUAUCAUGAACCCCGGGCAGCCCGAUUACCUGACCAACGAACCCAUGGACGAGGCUUUCGGUGCGGUUGUCAAAACCUGCCCGAACCUCCAACGCCUGGCAGUUUCCGGGCGGUUGACUGACCUCACGUUUGAAUACAUUGGAAAAUACGCAAAAAACAUGGAAACCCUUUCGGUCGCUUUUGCGGGUAGUAGUGAUUUAGGGUUGAAGUAUGUCUUGGGCGGCUGCCCGAAACUGAGGAAGCUUGAGAUCCGUGACUGCCCGUUUGGAAACGCGGCGUUGCUUUCGGGUUUGACCAAAUAUGAAUCAAUGAGGUCUCUUUGGAUGUCGGCUUGUAAUUUGACUAUGAAUGGGUGUAGGGUUUUGGCUAAAGAGAUGCCGAGGUUAAAUGUUGAAGUUAUGAAAGAUGAAGAUAGUGAGGAUAGUCAAGCUCAUAAGGUUUAUGUUUAUCGAACCGUGGCGGGACCUCGAAGGGAUGCCCCACCUUUCGUCCUGACCCUCUGAGUUCCUGACGAGUCAUCUGAUAUGAUAUAUGAUAUAUCAUAUCAAAUGACUAAAGUAUUACUGGAGACCAGUCAUCUGAUAUGAUAUAUGAUAUAUCAUAUCAGAUGACUAAAAUAUGACAGGAGACUCAUGCUCCGGUCAUAUGAUGUUGGAUGACUAAUGCUCUAGUUAUCUCAUAUAAUCAUAGUUAUCUCAUAUAAUCAGAUGACUAGGCGUUUGUACUUUGGAAAAUAAGGUUGUAUUGUGGUAGAGUAUAAAAGAUGGGAAACAUAUUGUUGUAUUUGAAAAUUGUUCCCGUCAUUUAUGUUGAAAGUUUGACUGUGGGACGGGUGUGAAAGCACGAAAUGAUAUGGGAUAAGUUGUAGUUGUUUUUCUUGUUUUUGUUUCGGUUGGGCAAGUUUAGUAUGUUGAUGUGUAGUUUAAAAACAGUGAAUUGUUAAAGUUUGAAUCUUUAAAGACAAAAGUUGCACUCUUUUUGUGUGGGACUGAUGACAUGUAUGUUUGGUUUAGAGGUAAGGAGGUGAGAAACCGAGU